GUAGCUGCGGCAGUACAAACCAAAAAAGAGCAUACGCAAGCACAAUGGGACCGGAAUCGGCGAAAAAACGGAAGUCCUCAUAUAUACUGCUGCCCUGCGGUUGGGGAUCAUGUCAGGAAUCAUUUGAGAACGAGUUGAAAUUGAACGACCACCUAACCGAGCAUAUUAAUGGGUUGCCUCAGAGAAAGUGGGACGUGGACGAGGAGGAUGACUCCAAGCUGAUUUGCAUCUGGAGAGGAUGCGACUUUAAAACAGUCUGCGACGAAGAAAUUGCACGCCAUAUCUACUACCAUGGAUAUUACUCGAAUCUGCUGUUGCGUGGCAAAUGGGAGUGCGAAAUGAGUCCUGAAAUCCCCACCUGCUGUGCGCCGGCACGCAACGGUGAGAAACUACCGGAGCUGAAUGGCAAUUUCCAUUGCGGCUGGACGGACUGCAAUCGAUCGUUUGUGUCGGUUGUGGAGUUUCAGGACCAUAUCGAGCAGCACGCGUCAUUCGAGUACGAGAUUCAGAAGUCGCCCGACGACCAACGCCCCAAGACGCAAUGCAACUGGAGCAUGUGCCACAAGAAGCUGGACAAUAAAUAUCGGCUCAUCGAGCACAUCAGCACACAUUCAAAUAAAAAGCAAAUGGCCUGCUAUCAUUGUGGCGAGCUCUUUCGUACCAAGACAACGCUCUUCGACCACCUGCGGCGCCAGCCGGACAACAACACACACAAAUAUCAAUGCGGCCAGUGCUUCAAAUUCUUUGCCACGGAGAAGCUGCUACGCAGCCAUGUCCUGCGCCACGUGAACUGCCACAAGUGCACGAUGUGCGACAUGACCUGCAGCUCCUCCAGUGCCCUUACCACCCACAUACGCUAUCGGCAUCUGAAGGACAAGCCUUUCAAGUGCGGCCUCUGCGACACUCGCUGCGUACGCCAAUCGGAUCUCGCCAAGCACGAGCAGAUCGUGCAUGCCAAGACUGGACACAAUUGCGUUCAGCCCGGCUGCCAAUAUUCCGUACGCACCUACAACCAGAUGCGUCGCCACAUUCUUGAGGUGCAUGGCCAGAAUCCAAUUUUCUACGCCUGUCACUGUUGUGAGCGGUACUUUAAGGUUGGAAAAUCACUUUCCAUGCACCUGAUCAGCAAGCACGGCUUCCAACUGCCCUCGGGACACAAACGCUUCACCUAUCGCAUCGACGACAAGGGCUUCUAUCGUCUGGAGACCAUGCGCAUCGAGAGUCUGGAGGUAACGCAACAGAUUCUCGCACCUCAGCUCAAGCCACCAGAUGAGAUUGACGCCCAGCCACCUAUGGGCAGUUGUUAUGAGAUCGUCAAUCCAACCAACGUUGAGCACGAGCGUGUGAUUGUCUCAAAUGAUGCCAAUGAGGCGGAGUAUUUGGGCGAGGUAGUCAUCUCACUGCCCAGCCUGGAGGAAGAAGAAUAACUCAGGAAUAGGUCCCAUUAUUACAUGAAUCCAUUAAGGAUUCAUCAUGCGACAUACUAAGGCUGUUGAAGGUGCUAUUAUGCGCCAAAGUACAUACUAAUAGUUUUAGUCAUGACUUUUAAAUGAGAGUUAGAAAAUUUAAGUCCGUCUGCUUUCACAACCGCCUUACAGUGCCAUAGAUACUUUUAUUUAAUAAUUAAUUUACCGCCUAGCAGCAUUUGCUCGUACAUAUGUAGGCAUGUAUAUUUUGAUUUAAAUGACGUGGGUUUGUUUUACGAGCCAUUAACUCCAAUCUCUAACUAGCCUGUCUGUGAUUUCCAUCUGCUAGUUGAGAAGAAACCGCCCGAAUCAGUUUUGAAUAUGUUUUUAUGUAGAGUAUUAAGUAUAAAUAUGUGUAUCGUCCUUUGUCCAGGUAUCCAUCGAGUUUAUUUUCGUAGCCUCGCAUUUAACGUACUGUACAUUUUAACCCAUUACUGUUACGUUCAUUUCAACCCAUUCAUCCAACUGUUAGUGUUUAAGCUUGAACCAAAAUCACAACUGUGUUUCCAAAAGAUCGAUCGUUCUUUAAAGGCAAAUUAAAAUUGUAACAGUACAUAAGAAAAACCUAGUAAAUAAGACAAAAAUUGUAUAAAUACUGAAGGAAUUUCAGAAAUAAAUUAGAAUGAAAUUUGAAAUUUAA